UUCAGUGCGUGCAAGCGGAAUGAUGACAGCGGGACGUGACGUCACGAGUUGACUGUCAUCUGCUCCGUUUACAGCUCUUUUCCAACCUAGCUGUUGAAAAUAGUGGAAGCCAGUGCAUUCCCACAGCGUUCAAAAUGGUGAAGGUGAAAUGCUCGGAACUGCGGACCAAGGACAAGAAGGAGCUGACCAAGCAGCUCGAGGAGCUCAAGACUGAGCUGCUCAAUCUGCGUGUGGCCAAAGUCACCGGUGGAGCUCCCUCCAAGCUGUCCAAGAUCCGUGUUGUCCGCAAGGCCAUCGCCCGCGUCUACAUUGUGAUGAACACAAAGACCAAGGACAACCUGCGCAAACUGUACAAAGGCAAGAAGUACGUCCCGCUGGAUCUGCGCCCAAAGAAGACCCGCGCCAUGCGUAAGGCCCUCUCCCCACGGGAUGCUGCCCGAUUGACGCUGAAAGAACAGCGAAAGCGCGCCAAGUUCCCAAAGCGAAAGUACGCCGUCAAGGCCUAAAGCGUCAGCUUCUGUUCUUUAUCUUUUGUUUGUAAGUCGUGCUGGAAGACUAGGAUUCUGGACCGCUGUGUGUUCCAAUCCGAAAGAAAUACUGUUGAAAACGAGGGGUGAGAAAUAAAUUCCAGGAGAGAUUCCAAACUGGA